AUGUCGUCUUCAGCUGUUGCGAAAACUUCAAAAUACACCUACCGAAGCACUGGAGGUGCUGGUCAUGCCGAUGUUAGCAUCGAGUACAGCGCUGAUCUAAGUGCUCUUACAAGACUUGAGGACAAAAUUCGUCUUCUGCAAGAAGAUCUAGAGUGUGAGAGAGAAUUACGUCAAAGGGUUGAACGUGAACGGGCCGAUCUCAGUGUCCAGGUUAUCCAACUAUCCGAGCGCUUGGAGGAAGCUGAGGGUGGCGCUGAAUCUCAAUUUGAGAUCAACAAGAAAAGAGACACUGAGUUGUUAAAACUGAGAAAACUGCUGGAAGAUGUCCAUCUGGAGAGCGAAGAGACCGCUCACCACCUCCGAAAGAAGCACCAGGAAAUCGUGGUUGACUUCCAGGACCAAAUUGACCAGAUGUCAAAAGCUCGCGCCAGGGCGGACAAAGAAAAAGCAAAAUUCCAACAAGAGGUAUACGAACUUUUGGCCCAGCUGGACAAUGUAACAAAGGAGAAAGUACUCUCAAUAAAAACGAUUGAGAAAUUGGAGAUCCAUAUUUCAGAACUGAAUGUCAAGAUCGAGGAACUGAACCGUACAAUCGUGGACAUCACCAGCCACAAGACCCGCAUGUCCCAAGAAAACACCGAGCUGGUAAGAGAAGUCCAGGACUUGAAAGUAAACAUGGAGAGCAUUGUCUACACCAAGUCUCAGUUGGCCAGCCAAUUGGAGGACGCUCGUCGUCGUUUGGAGGAUGAAGACCGUCGUCGCAUGAUGGUCGAGGCUUCUCUGCACCAGGUAGAGACUGAGCUCGAGUCCGUCCGAGUUCAGCUCGAAGAAGAGUCUGAGGCACGCCUGGACCUGGAACGGCAGCUGGUGAAGGCCACUGGUGAGGUCCAAGUCUGGAGAUCCAAGUACGAAACCGAAGCAAACGCUCGCGUCGAGGAGGUGGAGGAACUCCGUCGCAAGUUCACCUGCCGCAUCCAGGAACAGGAGGAGCAGAUCGAGAACCUCCUGGUCAGGAUCAACAACUUGGAGAAGCAGAAGUCGCGCUUGCAGUCCGAGGUCGAGGUUCUCAUUAUCGAUCUUGAGAAGGCCAAUGGAACUGCUCGGGAGAUGCAGAAGCGCGUUGAGCACUUGGAGAAGGUUAACAUCGAGUUGAAAUCGCGGUUGGAGGAGACCGUUACUCUGUACGAGCAGAGCCAGCGUGAUCUUAGAAACAAACAGCAGGAGCUUAUGAGAUGCAACGCCGAGUUGGAGAAGACCCGUGAUCUUAAGGAACAACUUGCACGUGAAAAUAAGAAACUUGGAGAUGAUUUAUCCGACGCUAAGAACCAAUUGGGUGACAUGAACCGUCGUCUCCAUGAAUUGGAAUUGGAGCUCCGUCGUCUUGAGAACGAACGUGAAGAAUUAGCAGCUGCUUACAAGGAAGCCGAAGCUGGCCGCAAAGUAGAAGAACAACGAUCCCAGCGUUUGUCAGCCGAACUAAGUGCACUUCGUCACGAAACCGAUCGUCGUCUUGCUGAGAAAGACGAAGAAAUAGAAUGCAUCCGUUAUGGGAUUAAUUAUUACCAGCCGAUGAUUGAUUAUAUUGAUAAAAAAAGUCAAAAUGUUACUAAGAAUCCAGAGUAUCCAGAAAUGCCCUGGUCUGACGAACGGUUACUGUGGGAACGAAAACGCGUUCUUCCUUACACGGCUGAAGAAUUAAUUCAGCACGCCAUGGAGGCGGAAGAUCAAGCCAAGGAUCAUUUGUCUCAUUUUAAGAUCGCAAAACGUUCAGACUUUAGUUUGAGAAAAGCUGUCGAAGCAACCCACGUAACCAAGGAUCUACUACCGUCGAAUAUUGACGAAACAACAAAAUCUUUCCGAAACGAACGCCCGAUUCCCCUGGACGUGACAAUGGCCGAUUUGAUGGUGCAAACAGUAAGAAACAACGAAAAAAUGCGACACGUUAAACAGGCAUUAGAUCACAGCGUACGCUUACGUGGAAAAUCCGCCAGAGCUAUUGAAUUCGAAUUGAGAGCUGAGACGGCAAAAAAUUUAUCCGGCACGACAGAGCUCGCGGAUAUCAGAAAAUACCAACGAGAAGCAAUGCAAGCUAUGUGGGACGAGCGAGACCACGUUAGAAUGAUGGAGGAUCGCGCUAAAUUGCUCAAGGAUGAAGAGAUGAGACUUACCCAGCCCCUCGACGAAUUAACUAACGAAUUGAAGGAACUCGACAUUAGGUCUAGCAAUUAUUAUAUGGAUAAGAGCAAACAGACCAGCAUUGAAAUUGAACAGUUGAACGCCCGAGUGGUCGAAGCUGAAACUAAAUUGAAAACUGAAGUUACACGUAUCAAGAAGAAGCUCCAGAUACAGAUCACUGAAUUGGAAUUGUCUUUGGAUGUUGCUAACAAGAAUAACAUUGACCUGCAGAAGACUAUCAAGAAGCAAUCGCUCACUUUGACAGCACUACGCGCAAAGAGAAACGUCGAGCAGCAAUACGAAGAGUCAGUAAGCCGCAUCAAUGAGCUGACAACCAUAAACGUCAAUAUAACAUCUUCAAGAUCAAAAUUGGAACAAGAAUUGACAGCUCUGGCCGGUGACUACGAGGAAGUUACCAAAGAAUUGAGAAUGAGCGAUGAGCGAUACCAACGCGUCCAAACUGAGUUCAAGCACACAGUUGAAAUUUUGCACGAAGAACAAGAGCGCAUUGUCAAGAUCGAGUCUAUCAAGAAGUCCCUAGAAAUCGAAGUAAAGAAUCUCUCAGUGCGUUUGGAAGAAGUUGAGGCCAACGCUAUCGUCGGUGGCAAGCGUAUCAUCAGCAAACUUGAAUCACGGAUUCGUGACUUGGAAUUGGAAUUGGACGAGGAGAAACGCCGACACGCGGAAACCGUGAAGAUCCUCCGCAAAAAGGAGCGCAACAUCAAGGAGGUGAUGAUCCAAGUUGAGGAGGAUUCCAAGAACAUUGCUCUUCUCCAAGAGUCGCUGGACAAGUCCCAACAGAAGGUUUCUAUUUACAAGAGACAGCUCCACGAGCAAGAAGGCAUGUCUCAACAGAGCGUCACCCGAGUCCGGCGGUUCCAGAGAGAACUUGAGGCUGCUGAAGAUCGCGCAGACACUGCCGAAAGCAAUCUAACCCUGAUCCGUGCGAAACACCGCAGCUUUGUCACGACAUCCACUGUACCAGGAUCGCAAGUCUACCUAGUCCAGGAAUCGAGGCAGGAGAUGAACUAA